AUGUCAGAGACAUUGCUGUGGAGAACUCUGUGCAAGGUCUUCAGGUUUUUCCGUCCUAUUUGUGGACCUCCUGAAACGAGCAGCAUUAUUGCCCACAACAAAGCCAAGAGAAUUAAACUGCGCUGA